AUGCUGUGCAGAAAGAGCUCCAGAAACGGCGUCGCUUCGGGAUCGGUCCCGGUGUACCUCAACGUAUACGAUCUGACACCUAUGAACGGUUACGCUUACUGGUUUGGCCUCGGAGUGUACCAUUCCGGCGUGCAAGUUCACGGCGUUGAAUUCGCGUUCGGGGCUCACGAGUUCCCGUCGACGGGGAUAUUCGAAGGGGAACCGAAGAGGUGCGAAGGUUUCACAUUCAGAAAAACGAUUCUUAUCGGAAAAACCGAUAUGGGACCCGGCGAGGUGAAGGCGGUGAUGGAAGAACUCGCCGCUGAAUACAGAGGGAAUGCUUACAAUCUCAUCACAAAGAAUUGCAACCAUUUCUGCAACGAUGCUUGUCUAAGACUCACCGGAAAUCCUAUCCCAAGUUGGGUCAAUCGUCUUGCCAGAAUCGGAUUUUUGUGCAACUGUGUUCUGCCUGUGACAUUGAACUCAACGAAAGUUAGACAUCACAGGAUGGAAGAGAAGCAAUGUGAGGGUGAGGGAGAGAAGGAAGCAUUAGCGAGUGAGGGAAAGAAGCAGAGUGCAUCGAAUUCCACACCGUCACCAUCCCCUGCGAGAGGGCGCAGGGGAAGGAGUAGAACCCGACGUCCCCUCCCUCCUCCUUCGCCGUUGAUUAUUGGCUCUUCUUCUUCUUCUUCAUGA